GUCUGCGGAGUGUCUUCGUUAUGGACAGCUGCUCCACUCCUCAACUUUUUACUGGAGAGCAGAGCGCACGUAUUCUCUUCACCGUAGCCUCCUUGUUACCCAAACAUGGAUUUCUAAACUGGAACUGACCCAGACGUGAAUCCGUACAAGCUGUUGAAUUUAUUUUUUUGUUGAGUUUGUUGAAGGAACUGGAGGAAAAUGCCAGUAGCAACUCUUUUACCUUUUACCACGACUCCUAAUAGGAAGUCUGCCAGCCCGACCUCCUUCAGGUUGACAGAGAAAUUCAUUUUACUUUUAGUCUUUAGCGCUUUUAUUACGUUAUGUUUCGGGGCUAUCUUCUUUUUACCGGACUCGUCAAAGCUGCUUAGCGGAGUUUUCUUUCAUUCCCCCGCCGUGGAAACCAACACUCACACCAACCCGGACAGCAACGACUCAGGCUCGGCUGCGAAUGACGAGAAAGUCCUGGCCAAAAUCAGGAAAGACCACGAAAAGGCACUAUUAGAGGCAAAGGAUACGCUACAGAAACGACCAGAUGAGAUUAAACAGGACAUUUUAAUCGAGAAGGAGAAAGUUGCGAAGGAUAGCGCUGGUCUCGGGGGUAAGGAUGCCAAUCAUUUACCUAUGGUCGAGUACCAGCGACCACCGGGAGCCACGGGGCGCGAGCCGAUGGACGCCGAAACCCGCGAAAGACGGGCGAAGAUCAAAGAGAUGAUGAAGCACGCCUGGGACAGCUACCGACGCUACGCUUGGGGUUCCAAUGAGCUGCGGCCCGUCUCCAAGCAAGGCCACUCCAGCAAUCUGUUUGGGAGUAUAAAAGGCGCGACGAUAGUGGAUGCCUUGGAUACACUCUACAUCAUGGAGAUGUUUGAGGAGUUUGACGUCGCCACUGACUGGGUGGAGAAGAACCUCGACUUCAAUGUGAAUGCGGAGGUGUCGGUGUUUGAGGUGAACAUCCGUUUUGUGGGAGGCCUACUCUCCGCCUACUAUCUGUCUGGGAAAGAGGUCUUCCGCAGAAAAGCCGUGGAGCUGGGAGAGAAGCUGCUCCCGGCCUUUAAGACGCCCACUGGUAUCCCCUGGGCCCUGCUUAACCUGAAGAGUGGUAUCGGCAGAAACUGGCCGUGGGCUUCAGGUGGGAGCAGUAUCCUGGCUGAAUAUGGGACGCUGCAUUUGGAGUUUAUGCAUCUCAGCAAACUGUCAGGAAACCCGGAGUUUGCUCAGAAGGUAAUGAAUAUCCGAAAAGUGCUAAAUCGACUGGACAAACCACAAGGGCUGUAUCCAAACUACCUGAAUCCAAACAGCGGCCAGUGGGGUCAAAAUCACGUGUCAGUGGGUGGACUCGGAGAUAGUUUCUACGAGUAUCUGCUCAAGGCCUGGCUCAUGUCGGACAAGACGGACGAGGAGGGAAAGAAGCUGUACUAUGACGCUUUACAGGCGAUCGAGACCAACCUGAUGAGGAAGUCGAGCAGUGGUCUGACCUACAUCGCGGAGUGGAAGGGCGGGCUGCUGGAGCAUAAAAUGGGACACCUCACCUGUUUCGCUGGAGGCAUGAUCGCCCUAGGAGCCGAUGGUGCGCCCAGUGACAAGACCGGACACCAGAUGGAGCUCGCAGCCGAGAUUGCACGCACCUGCCACGAGUCGUACGUCCGCACAGCUUUGAAGCUGGGUCCAGAGGCUUUCCGUUUUGAUGGAGGAGUGGAGGCCAUCGCCACUCGACAGAACGAGAAGUACUUCAUCCUGCGGCCAGAAGUCAUUGAGACGUACAUGUACAUGUGGAGGUUCACACAUGACCCCAAGUACAGAGAGUGGGGCUGGGAGGCUGUGCAGGCUUUGGAGCAGCACUGUAAAGUCGAAGGAGGCUACACUGGACUGAGAGACGUCUAUGCCACCAGUCCAAACCACGAUGAUGUUCAGCAGAGCUUCUACUUGGCCGAAACGCUCAAGUAUCUGUACUUGCUGUUCUCAGACGACGACCACCUUCCAUUCGAGCAUUGGGUCUUUAACACCGAGGCCCACCCACUACCGGUCCUCAGGAGGGACAAAACAGACAGACCCAACGAGGUGGAGUAACGCCCUCACUGGAAUAAGAGCACAAACCUCUCUAUCCUAUCCUGUGUAACUGAGCCUGCCCCAGCGUCGCCCCAGGACUCUUCUGGACUGGAUUUUUAAAAAUAAAUGAUAAAAUCGGGAGUUGGAUUUCGUAAUUUAAUUUUUUUGUUUUUCUUUUUCUUGGUCCAAUGCUGGGCCUUCACUGCCAGAUAAUGCAGUUAGUCCGAAUGUAAUAAAGACUAAUACAUAUCUUCAGCGGCGCGGGGGAAGACUGCGUGGCUUUGUGUAAAUGACUCUUGGGAUUAUUUAAGAGAUUUUCGGAGGUACAAUCGGACAGUUGUGGCACCAUUUGUUCACUGUUUUGUUGUGCGUCGUUGCAUCUCAAAGUCAAAGACCCAAAGCGGCUAAACUGUUUUGAGGAUCAUAAGACUGACUUCACAAACGCUUUUCUCUCAACAACUUUCCAGCGCUUUUCAGAUAAACUUGUAAACUAAAACCAAACUUUUGAACUGUUUUUGUGAUUUUGGACUCUACCUACCACUGACUUCAAUGUUUCCCCACUUAAAGUUAUUAUUUAAGGGUUGUUCUGCAUUUGCACUAUGUUCCUAAAGAGGUUUGGUCAUUCUUGGUUUUACCAAAAUGAUAUUUUUUCACACGCUGUCAUUAUUGUAUGUUUAAUCCUGGUCCAGGUUUUCAUCUUCAAAUUCAUCCAAAAAUAUUUCACAUUUUUUUGGUCCAGUUAAAGGCUCUGUUACUGAUUUUUACUGUCUAGUUAAUUUUAAACAGUUUGCAGCUGUCACUUUCUAAGGCAUUCCUUUGCUGCCACAGUAAUGCUAACAACAAAUAGCAUGCUAAUGGUGCACGUUCACCUUCUCCUGUUUAUAAUUGAAAGCGGGCAAUACAUUACGAUUUUAUUUUGAAUCUUAAGAGCUGCUUUUACGACAUAUCUGUACUGGGAAUGAAGAAAUUUUACUCAACUACAUGGACAAAAAUCAGGUACAGCCACUUUAACAUUGUAGUCUGACGUCCAAAGAUAAAUAUUUUGCAUUUUCUUGUGAAUUUUGAAGGUGCACUCUGACUUUUCUCCAUCAAAAAAGUUAUAUAUUGCACCUUUUAAACCUAUUGACCUAUAAUGGCUUACACUUGUAAUGCUGGAGGCGCCUGAGAUUGGUGGUAGUACAUUGAAAAGCUAACCACUCUGCCACUCUGUUCCCUGAUUUAAAUAAAAGACAAUGCUCCAUAUAAAAGUUAUACAUGACAGCGGGCAGGCGGAGUAAAUUGUGAACAAAUAGUCGUGACCAAACCUCUCAGAUGCGUCUUGUUGCUCCAUCCACUUGAGUAGGACACACUGUAAGAUGUUUCUCCUCUGUGAGGGGACAAACACACGUUUUCAAUACACCAUCUCAGCUUCAUCACACGGCCGUAGUACCCUCACUGUCCACACUGGGGCGCUCGUAUCUAUAACAGGUGGUCACACAUUGAUGUUAUAUUUGUGUUUAGUUUACAACAGCAGCCAGAUUGAGCCGGUUUAGUCUUUUAUUUAGUGCCUUCACUGUUUAGUCUGAGGAAGUAGCAACUCAUACAAGCCUACUGCACGCAACGGUAACAUCAGCUUCUAUGGUAUUUUUCAUGUCAAAGAAACAUACUGAAAAUGCACGCCCCAUAUUUGUGUAAAACUAUUUGAAUGUAAUAAUUUUGUAUUUGGUUCCAUGUACUUGGUCUUUGCGUCAAUGAUUUCUCACCAGCUAAUUAAGUUUGACUACACUGACACCUGGUGGAGAAAUAUAGACUGUGCAGUUUCCAUGAGACGGCUUCAGGAACAUGGUGGAACAUAACUGUGGUGUGUUCACGUCAGUCAGGUAAAUGAUUUGUUUUUUUUAUCAAACGCUAAAUACACUAUAUGUCGUCUCAUGAUGGUUUUGAGCCUGAUAAUCUCGUUGCAUUGUGAGAAUUUUACUUUUUAUUUGUGCUGAGGUUUGCUGAAUUGGUCUUGACUUUAGAAGUUAUCAAAAAGACUUUCAGCAGAUCUAAAAAUGUUUCAUGUUUGGGCAUUAUUUGAGGGCCAGCUGUUUUAAAUAAUCAAAUGGAAUGUUUUAGCCCGCAAGCAAACACUAGUAUGUUAUUAAUAGUAAUUGCAGUUGGUCUUGUAAAGCUGUUGGUAACAUCCAUCCAACACUAUGACUUAAUACAGGUGAAAUGAUGGUAAACACCAGUGUACAAUGUAAUCUACUGGAGGGGUUUGUACUGUAGCUCGUUCCUGUUGGUGGUUUUCAGAUUCUCGACUGUGAGGACACUCCCAGAUGAGGGGCAAGGGCCAGAUUUAUCCACUGGUUACAUUGUACUUUACCAUGAAAUAUCCAAAAGAUAAAUGCACAAAUGUUGAACCUGAUCAUUUCUAUUAGUGACUAUACCCUUACAAUAUUUCCACAAAAUCUGCAUUAAAUCAUAUUCACUUUAGCUGCCCUCAUCUGUGGGAAUAAUUGGCCCAUAGAGUGUCGUGAUGGCAUCUGAAACCCACCGAUCGGCCCAAAUUGCUCGAGAUAAUCCCAUUCACAACUAGCUUUACUGUAAAAGUGAAUGUCUCUUCAGCUCUUUGUUGUUUUUGGAUCUAGGAACAUGAUUUUUUUGUGAAUGGAAAGCACAACGGCCCCAUGUGCAGAGGUGAUGGAGGUGAUGCACACAUGUAGAAUUCCGUAUGACAUGGACAAAGGACAGAACAGUGACACUGCUCCACUCUUUUACUGUCACAGCUUUAGUAUCUGGAGGAGCGCCACUUUAUUUAGUUUUCUUUUUAGCGUGAAGGAAAGGUUUUUAAAUUUUCUGUAAAGAUUGAUCUAAAAUGGCCCCCUGUCCAACUUCCUAUUACGUAGUGAAGUCCAUAAACUUUAUCGUAGGUGGGUUAUAUCAGGGGUACAAAUUAUAUAUAUAUGCAUAUAUUUAUCCAUAGCAAUGAUCAAUAAUAAGAAUAGUGCAUUCAAUUUUAAAAGUCCUUUAGUCAUUAGAGUCAUCUUCUAUUUGUUGCUCUUUUCACUUUUGGGGUGUUUUAUUGCUUGACAUAAGCAAUUUUAAGGAAUAUUAUAUUUUUUAUUAUAGUGUUUAUUGUUUCUAUAAAAUAAUUCAUAUAUAUUGGAUAUUGGUGAUCUGAAUUCAUAACUUUAAAAGCAUUCUGGGGCUAGUUGGAAUGUACUGUACUGUUAGGCCAGUGAAGUAUCUGAGUUGUCGUUUAUAGGAUGUAAGAUUUGUCCCAAGCAGGUUUACAUUUACAUUUAUUGAUAAUAAUUAAAACACUGUUUGCUCUCCACAACUCUCCUACAUAUGAACUUUUCUACAUAAAUACAACUAAAAUAUGUAGCAAACAUAGGAACAUUUGUAUGUUGUAUUUUGAUUUCAUGAGCUUUAAAAUGCUGAAACAGUGAAAUAAAGUGAGAUUAUUUUCUGUCUGUUGUGGGAUGAAUGAAUUCUCAGCCCUGUUUGGCUUUGGGACCAUCCGUUCUUUAACUUUCUGUGCUCUCAAUGGUUGAAACGUUUCUUGGUGAUUCUUGUUGACUUAUUGUUGACUCCUUGUUGUGUUCAGUACCUUUCUGUUGUGAAUAAGUGAAGUGGGAUCCGACUCUUGAGCCAGUUUUACUUCAGAAGCAGAUGUUUGAACUGAAACUGUGUCUGAUGAGAAACUUGUGUGAAUUUGAAUUUGUGAAACCUCAGAAACGUCUUGUACAGAAAAUUGCUGAUAAUCAUUCCAUUGCACAUAGUUUACUUUGUUUAUAUGCAAUAUUUUAAUUUGUGGGGAAUUGUUUUUGAUGUGUUGAUAUUCUUAAUAUAAUUAUUAUUCUAGAAAAGUGUAAAUAUUCCAUUGGAGCAGGUGAGCCGCUCUACUUUCUAUAAAUCUCCUGGAUAUUGAAAAUGAUAUUAAGAGCAGCAGACUUUUUAAUAAACUAUAUUUGUUACACUUCUAUUGUGAAUAAAACCCUUUUAAUAAA